AUGCACUUUCUUCUCACAACACUCAAUGUUGUUCAUGUUCUAAGCAUGCCGAUGCCUCUUGUGACGGUAGAUCCAGCGAGUGAGGAGUAUGCAGAGCAAGCAAGGAGACAACUCAAAUGGAAGAAUGAUGACUACAUCUGUCACGGCCACAUUCUCAAUGGUAUGUCUGAUUCUCUGUUUGAUGUCUAUCAAAAUGUCCAAUCCGCAAAGGAAUUGUGGGAUGCGUUGGAAGCAAAGUACAUGGCAGAGGAUGCUUCUAGUAAGAAGUUCCUUGUGAGUAAUUUCAACAAUUACAAGAUGUCUGAUACAAGACCAGUGAUGGAGCAAUACAAUGAAUUGCUUCGCAUAUUGGGCCAAUUUGCUCAGUAUGAUAUGAAGAUGGAUGAGUCCAUCUCUGUGUCAAGUAUCAUUGACAAGUUGCCUCCUUCCUGGAAGGAUUUCAGGCGAACUUUAAAGCACCAGAAGGAAGAGUUGUCUUUGGUACAACUUGGCAGCCACUUGCGCAUAGAGGAUUCUCUGAGAAUGCAAGAGGGUGGAAAACCCAAAGUGGCUGAAGGCUUCUUCUAUCAACAUGAUGGAGGAGGUGAUGAUUCUAAGUGGAAAAAUAAAGGGAAGAAGCGUCCCUUUAACAGCAACACUCACAAUCGAUCCAACAAGAGGUCUAAACCUGUCUGUUGGAAUUGUAACAAGCCUGGUCACUUCAAGAGUGAUUGUAGGGCUGGAAAGGAUAAGGAUAAGACGCCUCAGAAGCGUUUUGGGCAAGGGUCUAAGGACCAAGGCCAAUCACCACAUCAAGGUCAGAUUUCUGAGAUUGAUACAUUUCCUAAAGUGUAUUAUGUAUCAAAGAUAUCUGAGGCAUGUUAUGUGCAGGAUGAUGAUGUGUCGUGGUGGAUUGACUCGGGUGCAACAACACAUGUUUGCAAAGAUCGUGGCUGGUUCAAGUCUUAUGAAGCAGUGAAGAUGGAUCUGUUCUUUAUAUGGGCAACGAGUCAACUGCUCCUAUCCUUGGUCGUGGAAAAGUGGUGCUGGAGUUUAGUUCUGGGAAAUCUCUUCAUCUUGAUGAUGUUAUUCAUGUACCCAGAAUUAGGAAAAACUUAG